UCCUGCCUUAAAUGGAAUUGUCCACUUUUCAUCUCUUCCCUUCUGUCGACAGUAAAUUACAAUUGGUACUUCGACAGACGCGGCGAUUUGAGACGGUCAGUCAACGACACCAAAGGACUGGUACCGGGCGAAGAUUUUUCUCGCGAAAAGUGUGCGAAGUACUGCCUGAAGGGUGUGAAGAACAACCAAUGCCUGGGCUUUGACAUCUGCACAAAUGGUAUGUGCUUCGUGUUGACGGAUCAAGCCGAUUUUGAGGACAAAGAAGAAGAAGUUCCUCAAGAAGAGAGCAUCAAAUGCUCACGUUUCACUCGUAAGUUGUUUACUUUGAUAUGA